AUGACAUGCGGUAAGGGACUUACCGCAGACGAACUGCACCCCGCCAAUGUCACUCGUCUUUUUUGUAAAAGCCGUUGCCGACAGAGCUUUUGUUCACUAACCUUCUGUGAUGAAGGUUUACUAUCGCAUAAAGACAAAACCUUUGAUAGAUCAGAAUUUCACCAACUUGGAGAAAUCGGAGUUUUUGGACCCUUGCCCAGAGAGCACAACUGGGUCAUGGAAAUACUAGGUGAUGAUAAUAUCCUAGCCUUAAUUUUCCAAUGGGUUGAUGAUCCUGAUCACAGAAAAUCAUUCUCUCUAGUGUGCAAGCAAUGGUUAAUGGUCGAGGGCUUUACGCGAUUAUCUUUACGCGUUUUCGAACCUCAUCUCCUCUCUACAUUCUUACCCAGAUUCCCAAAUUUGCUCUUAUUUCAAUCAUCAGAAGUAAUUUCCAGCUUUUACAUCGAAUUCGUUGCCCGAACAUGUCCCAAACUUGAGGUGCUUGACAUUAAUUAUAAGGAAAAAAAUGAUGAUUGCGAUGAAUGCGAGGAUAACUUACUGGGUUUGGUUGAUGUUGAUGACAAUGGUAUAUGUGCUAUUGCCAUGUGCUGUUCUAAUUUGUCUAAAGUCUUUCUAAGAAGGCGGUCCAGAAUUGGGAAUGUUGGGGUUGUUUCCCUGGUUAAUUUGUUGCAUAAUUUAACAAUUUUGGAUUUGGGUUGGUGUAGUGGGAUUACAGAUGAAGCCCUUGAAGCUAUUGGGGUGGCGGCGAAUUCGUUGAUAACUUUGAACUUGCAGGGUUGUUGUUUGAUUACGGAUGUGGGUUUGGCUUCACUAACAAAAGGGUCUUUGUCGAGGACUUUGAAAAAAUUGGUUAUUGCAGACUGUGAUCGAAUCACCGAUGUAGGAGUACUGCAUUUGAAGCAAAUGUAUUGUUUGGAGCAGUUGAAUUUGGAGGAGUGUGGAUCAAAAGUAACUGAUACUGGGGGUAUGGCAAUUUCUGAGAUUGAAACUCUCAAGAGAUUGAAAUUAUCCUGGUUGAUGAAUAUAACGGAUGUUACUCUGAUUGCUCUUGCUCAGAAUUGCCAGAAUUUGGUGUUGCUUGAUCUGAAAGGUUGUGAAUUUGUUACAGGCAAUGGCAUUCGUGCCUUCAUGGGGCAUGAGGCCUUGGAAAUGCUUGUUUUGGUUGGUUGUGACAAUGUUGUAGGGGAUGAUCUAGAACAGAUAGUGCUUGGAUGCCGAACCUUGAGGUACAUUGCUCUGGAUAAACGACUUAGGAGCUGGAUUCCACUGACCAUGCAACAGAAAAUUAGCAAAUCUUGUAGCUUAGAUUGGAAAUGAUGCAUAAAUAAAGGGUGUAAAUUCUAGGGUUAGAUCAGGGUAUAUUGGGUCUAGUUGAAGCUCUUGUGCAGUUCCUUGCUUCUUGACAUUGUGAGCAAUUAUCAACCAUGUUCUUUUUCUUUCCAUUAGUUUAUGGAUUGCAUUAUUUGGUCCGAGUUUUCAUUGUUGUUUCUUGUUCUUUAAUUACUCAUUGGUGGAUACUAGUUACAUAUAUG